AUGGCAGCCGAUGUUAAGGCGCCCGCCACUGCGCAGCCAGCACAACAGGCUGCGACUGCUACUGUCUCAGCAGCCAACGAGACAGGAAAAGGAAAGCAGGAAGCGGCGAAGGAACCGAAGACCAGCUCCAGCAGUAGAGGAGCCUCGUUUGCCAAGAAGGUCCUCGCCAAGCAAGAGUCAGCGACGAAGAUGACAAGCCACAACCGACCGAAGGUGGGAUGUUCCGAGCACCAGAGGUCUUUACGGUUGCUAACGAUUACAGGUCUCUUCGCCACUGAAGGCAGGCAUCACCGCCUGA